CAAUACACGGUUUUUUGACAUUCCACAUGAAAAUAAAAAAAAGUAAACCUUAAAUAUUUUGACAUGGGCCCUCAGCAGCCAGUCCCAAAUGAGUAAUCAACGUGAGCAUUUGUAGUUCCCAAUCAUUAUAAAUAAACAUUCAGAAAAGUUCAGUCGUAAGCAGAUAUGGUAGACUCUCCUAUAGAUAUUUUACCAGAUGAAGUGUUGGAAUUUAUUUUAUCGCUGAUUCCGCCUUACAAGGAUUUACACGAGUGUAUGGUAGUUUGUAGACGGUGGCGAAGAUGUGUUUUGAAUGUAGUGAAAAUAAAGCAACGAAAUCUGUACCGAGCCAUAAACGACUUCGACAUAAGAUGGGAGAGAUUAACGCCUCUAGACAUGGCCCCUACGAUACAGAAACGCUAUUCACACAAUGCGGUGGUUCAUGAAAACUCAAUGUUCAUUUUUGGAGGCUGCACUUGCACCAUGACCACUUACAAUGAUCUCUGGAGAUUGGAUUUAUCGAAACGUCAAUGGAUACGUCCCCUCGCCAUGGGCAACUACCCAUCUCCCAAAGCCUGCAGCUCUCUCGUUAAGCAUGGUGAUACUCUUAUACUAUUUGGGGGUUGGGCAUAUCCACCAUCUUAUCCACUUUAUCAAAGUUGGCACCUAUUCAAUGAACUUCAUGUUUACGAUAUAAUAGGGAAUCGUUGGACAUCUGUAACUACUUUGAAUACGCCACCCCCUGUUGCAGGUCACUCAGUAUCCAUUAUAGGGGAGUGGAUGAUUGUUUUUGGGGGACUGCAGAAGCCUUCCAAUGCUGUACACUGUGAAAAAUCAAAUGAAAUAUGGAAGUUGAAUUUGAAUUCUUGGUCGUGGCAUAAACAGGCAGUUGAAAGUGGCCCUAAACCAAAUGGACGAUUUGGACAAAUUCAAGUUGUUUUGGAUGAUGAAAACUUAUUAAUCUUAGGGGGCUCUGGGGGCCCGAAAUUUCAUUACUGUGAUUGCUGGCUGUUAAAUAUGUCUGGGGAUCUUUGGAGGUGGAAGAAAGUGGAAAUUAUUGGGAAAUGUAAUGAACCUUCAAAAAUGUGGAGCAUUCCAGGCUGUAAGAUAGGCGAUAAAAUUGUGAUGUUAAACAGGAUACAGGAGCCAGAAAUUUCACCAAUAGCAUACUAUCCUAAAAACACAUGGAACAUCGACAACAGGACUGUUCCUGAAGACGGACGUUCAGCUCGGAUAGAUCUUGCUUCUAGAAAUAAUGAUAAGGACGAGAACGUUAAUGGAAAGCGUGGCACUCUAAGGAAUUCCAAAAGGGAGGCAGAAGACGAAGAACCUGUGGUAGUUACAGGUGGAAAUUUAGGCAGGGAAAACAUCAGGAUAAACUGUCUUCCAGGAUCUUCAGGUAUCAAUUUGGCUGCUUUCAAUGUUGAGGGAAGUCGGCGCACACAAGAAUCAGAUAAAAUUAGAGAAAAGCGUCUGGCUAACCUACUCAAAGUCGAGGAAAAUCUCACCAAAGGCGCAUUCAAAAGAGAGAAGAAAACACACUUUUUGGGGCUGUACGUCUUGGACAUCUCCCAGGUUUUGGCGAAUGGAAACAUAGCAACGUGGAUACCACCAAAGAAAUUGAAGAAUGGACCAGAAGAAAAAAUUUUGUACACCUUGGUUAAGGGAAAGUCAGAAUUGAUUAUGUUUGGGGGGAUACAGAAAGAUUUCAAUUCGUUAGGGUUUUCAAAGAAUCUGAGUAGCCAGAUUUCCAACACGUUGCACUUUAUUACAGCACCUAGCUACGUUAUUUGAAGGGCUACAGACGUUUUUAUUGUGCCAUUUUCGUUUUCGAAGUGUUCCUCGGAGUUCAUUUAAUCCCACGGAUUAAAUGUUUAUUUUAAUUUUUUAUAUACUCAAUGUACAAGGCAGGUGAAAUGUAAAGGAAUGAGAUCUUGUGAUUUAGUUAUAAUUAAGUCAGCGAUUUUCAGCAAAAGAUUUUUAUUUUUCUUUUCAUUCCGCUUUAGAGCUAACAUUUCACCUAUUUAUUGGUACCAGUUAUUUACCUAAUUUAUUUUGAAAUAAAAUUUCGGACAAUUU